AGCGUAAUUUGGUAGUCACUUGGUGACUAGAGCAGCAUGCUGUACUGUAAGUACUGUAUUUCACCUGCGAGCUAUCUGUACACUUCACAACGUACACGCAGUCAAGCGCCAGCAGCAACUGGCAGCUUUUCGCAGACUCGCAGGGAUCUUCCUGUGUAUGAGUGCGUGAUUUCCUGACGUCUUGACAGUGUUGUCACGCUGAAUAGUUGAUUAGUGCAUUUAGUCGUUACGUGGUCCAGCCUGCAGGUCGCUAGACGCUACUCUACAGUCUACCGUAUACUCGUACUGUACUAAGAACUGUACAAUACUCAGUACUGUAUCAUCCAGGCUUCUCGCAACGAGGUUUUCCAAAAGCAAAAAGUAGUGCCUGCUGCGCAAUGCUCUGGAUAUUCAAUUUUUGAAAACGUCCGUAAGUGUAUUGUGUAUGUACAGUACUACAGAGUACAAGUACUGUAUGUGGAUGCAGAUUAUUACGGAGUAGUGGCGGAAAGUACUGCUCUAAUCGCUAAUGAUUUGCUCCGCUGGAAAGCUGCCAUUUAAGAUUGAUAUUGCUCCCUUGGUUGAUUUGGGAAUGAGGGAUUAUUAGAUGAGGACCGUAGCGGAAACGGCAAAUGUGAAGGUACAACUACAGAAGCGCAGAUUGCCCAGUGUGACUAUUAGGACCAUUUCCCGUGACGUGGACUGCACGGAACGCGACCUGACCGGGAUCGGGAGUGCCGGAAGUGGUGGAUCGCGGAGGUUGCUGUUUCGUCGUGGUGGUGGGAAUGUGAGCGGGUGAUCCCGUCAACGUAACAACCCCCGCCGCCGUCACGAUGUACUGCCUGCAGUGGCUGCUGCCGCUGCUGCUGGUGCCCAAGCCGGCGCUGCCGUACCUGCUGGCGCAGGUGCAGUACACGGCCUUCUUCUCGCUGUACGUCCUGGGCUUCAUCCUCAAGCGCAAGCCCUGCAUCCUCUGCACCGCCGUCUUUCUCCUCACCUGCCUGCUCGUCUGCUGGAGCGGCCUGGGCCACUGCAUCUUCUGGAUCGCCGACGACCAGGACGACCAAACCACCUGCCGCCCCGCGCACCCCAACCACCCCCACACCCUCCCCCUCGCCAUGCAGCUCUGAAAGGGACCGGCGUCCCCCUUCGUCGCCGGCAGAACGAUGAUUUUUUCACCAUUUUCACGCUUUCAGCGUUGGCGUUUUGGUUUACAGUGUCGCCCAACUGGCUGCACAAGCGGCGUUAUUCUUCAGUUUUACCGCGCGAUAUUGUGUUAGUCGACAAAAUGGUUUUUUUGAGUUUUUUACUGGCGUCCAUUUUUUCCAUAUUCUUCACAUUUCCCACGCUGUUCCGGUAAAGUAAGCACGUUUUUGAUCAAAUUACGCGGUUUUAGUUGAGCACCAUUUUGGCUGUGCGCCUUACGGUCGUUGUUUUUGAACGGGAAUAAAAUGUUGGGAAAUUAG